UAUUACUGAAGUACCAUUUCACUGCUCUGUUGGUUAUAUCGGGUCAAGAUUGUAAGAUAACUUGAUAACAUUCAACAAUCUCAGUAAUAAUAAGCUUGGUGUUGCAACUUUGAACUUCUUAUCCACUCCACUCUCCACUGUAGUUAAUGAGUAGCUUAAUGAAGUAGAAGAAAUAUAUAUUCAAUAUUUUUAAGUAGUGUUGCAUAUUCACAGACUUCACUUAUUCUUAUCAAAAUCAUACUGCGGGAAGGAAGAUGGCAGUUUAUCUGGACUACAACUCCACAACACCUCUGGCCCCGCAGGUGGUGUCUUGCAUCUCCGAGAGUCUGCAGAACCACUGGGCCAAUCCCAGCUCUGAUUCUGAGUUGGGCCGUACUGCGCGGCGGACUCUAGACUCUGCGCGGGAGAGGGUUGCACAUAUGAUCCGUGCAGAUUGUGCACAGGAUAUCAUCUUCACGUCAGGUGGUACUGAGAGCAACAACAUGGCCAUACUGAGUGUGGUAGAUUGGGGGCGCCAGUAUAUACCAAAACCACACGUGAUAAUGUCUAAUGUAGAGCAUGUGGCUACCAGCAAGCUAGUUGAACAUCUUGCUAGCAAAGGAAUCAUAUCCUACACAGAGGUAUCUGUAAACGAUGAUGGGUACCUGGAGAAAUCUGAUGUGGAAAAACAAGUCAGAUCGGAGACGGUUCUUAUCACCUUGAUGUUGGCCAACAAUGAGACUGGUGUUAUCUUUCCGAUUCGGGCUAUCGGCAGCUGGUUAAAAGUCUUGAAUAAGGAACGGAAACAUCGCGUGUGGCUUCAUACAGACGCUGCUCAGGCCAUCGGCAAGAUGGAAGUUAAUGUACAAGAGUUGGGAGUCGACUACCUCAGCAUUGUCGGCCACAAAUUCUACGGCCCCCGGAUCGGAGCUCUUUAUGUACGAAGAGUGCUGCCGGAAAGGGUGGUCACCCCCGUAGUGAGAGGCGGGGGACAGGAGGGCGGACUGCGACCAGGAACGGAGAACACUCCCAUGAUUGCCGGGCUGGGUGCCGCGGCUCUCCUAGUCUCUGACAAUUUGCACACCUACAUCUCACACAUGAAGCAUAUGCGGGACUACUUACGGAGCCAGCUAAUGGAGAAGACAAAUUGUGUGGUCAACUGCGACAGGUUUGCCCAACUUCCCAACACGUUGAGUGCAGGUUGGCCGGACUGUUCACUGACUGGACAUCAGCUGCUCGCCAAAUGUCCACAUUUCGUUGCCAGCACUACAGCAGCGUGUCACAACCAGGCCCAACUCUCUGAGGUGUUGCUGCUAUCUGGUGUACCCAAGGAUGUUGCCAGAACCACAGUUAGAUUCAGUGUGGGCAGGGAGACCUCUCGGGAUGAUAUUGAUAUCGCAGUGGAUGAUAUAGUUCUCGCCUUGAAGUCUGCUUCUGACCUUCCAUAAGGUGGAUAAUGUUAACAGUAAACUUUAGACUAUAAUGAGACAGUGCCCAGAUCUGUUCAUUUUUAUGUCAAGAGACAAGCAUUUAUUGCAGAGUAUGGCAACUCUUGGUAUUGGUGACUACUGAGAAAGGUGCCCUAUGGUAAGAUAUUAGAAGAAGCAAGCAUUUCUCUUGAUCGCUGUGAUGAUGAACUGAAGAAGAAAGUCACAAAGUUCUUCCCCACUUCUCUCCUAAGAUCUACUUCUACGGAAAAGAUUUUAACGUUGACCUAAGACAUGUUUUAAAUUCUAUUCACACCAUGGAGAGCUAGUGCCUUAUAAUGGUAAAUUUAUAUUCUAUCCUGGUGGAGAUAAAGUGUAAAACUGGAAAUGAUUAAUAGAAAACAUCCCUCAAAAAUAAUAAUCAAGUGUGGGAAAUAGUCUUGUAAUAAAUAAUUACCUAAUUAAAACUAUUAACUAUGUCUCACUAGUGAAUCGGGUCAUGAAUAUCAGAUGUUACACAGGUUACAAACUUCGAAUUAAAAUAGUUUUAUUUAUUAUUAUUUUAUUUAAGUUUAGUUUACUCUGUUAGCAGAAGCCAAUAUACAAAUACAGUUACAAUAUAUUGUC